UGAUAAACAGCUGGCGAUGACGUUUUACUAUUUUUUACACUGCAGUAAAUUAUUUAUACCGCUUUAAUAAUAUCAUGUAUUUACAAAAUAAUUUAAAUAUAAUAAAAUAAACGAAUACUAGCCACUUAUGUUAAUAAUUAUUACAUAAAUGUGUAAAAAUCUCAACCAAAAUAAAUCAUUUUGACAGCUAUACAUAGCAACAAAAACGAAUACGUAAAAGACUAAAGACAAAAUUUGGACAGGUGAAAAUAAACAAAAAACAACAACAAUUACAGCUACAAAAAAGAAAACAAUUUAAGGCAAUUGGUGGAUAAAAUGGGUUUCAUGUAUAUUUUAAGUUGGAUAGCGUUAAUAUUACAAAUUAUAUUUGUAACCAUAUCAAUAGCGGCCGGUUUAUAUUAUAUUGCAGAAUUGGUAGAGGAAUAUACCAGUGCGGCACGCAAGGUUAUCAUGAUGAUGAUUAGUUUCACCAUGUUUGUUUAUACUAUGUUUAUAUUCUGUGAUGAUUUACCCUGGAGCAUGGUGGCCAUGGGUUUUGUUACACAAUUCCUUCAUUUAGCCAUAAUGAGUAAUUUUCCUUUUAUUAAAUUCCUAUCGUUAUCCUUUAUUGGUACAGUGGUGUGUUUAAUAGCAAAUCAUUUGUUGGCCUUUCAACAUUUUACCUCAGUAUAUUAUCCAUUUACUCAGAUUUUAGCUUAUUUUACCAUUUGCUUGUGGAUGGUACCAUUCGCUCUCUUUGUUUCCUUAAGCGCUAAUGAUAAUGUUCUGCCCACCACUAUUAGUGAUAGUGAUCAUCAUAUGGGUCAAGAUGUUGUUAGUAAUUAUUUUUCACGCGGCAAGAAACAGGGUCUUUUAUCACUAUUCAAUUAUGUUAAGGACUCUAUAAUGCCGGGACGAAAUAAAAAAUCGUUUUGAAUUCUCGUUUAUUUGAAAUAUUUUUUUGGAUGUUGACGCUAAACAUCAGCUCAGAGUGUGAAAAUUAUGUAGUGUUAUAAGUAAUGAAGUUUUCUUAAUAAAAAAAAAAGACUUUUGUAUAAAAUUUUCAUAUAGAUUAAGGACAUUAUUUUUCUCAUUCAUGGCAAAUAGUUGAACAUUUAAAAUAUAAGCAAUAUUUAUUGAAAUUUAAAA